UGAGGGGAAAAGUACUUCUUCCUACAUUAAUCGCAAUUCAGAUCUUUGUUCAUCCUCCAAGGAAACUAGAACCCGCUAGCUGUUGUUGACCCUUUUUGGAUUCUCACUACCUCUAUACUCAUCUUCAGACGGUUUGAGAAGACGACAAUGGCUGCCAAAGGGAAGCAUUCCCGAGGUCAGAAGUGGUCUUCGUCCACGCUCAUUUUCUCUAUGCUCAUCAUCUCCUUCUUCGUCGUACUCGUUCUCCUAGCUUUUGGAAUUCUAUCCAUUCCUACAAAUUCUCGCGGCUCACGUAAGGUCCAAGAUCUUACCUCCAUUAUCCACCAAGCCGCGGAGAGACGCCGUGAGGAAGACGAUGAACGGAAAGACGAUUGGGUCGAAGUGAUUUCCUGGGAGCCAAGAGCCUUCGUCUAUCACAAUUUCUUGACAAAGGAGGAAUGUGAGUAUCUGAUCGAACUUGCUAAGCCUAACAUGCAGAAGUCAUCUGUUGUAGACAGUGAAACCGGCAAGAGCAAAGAUAGUAGGGUGCGUACGAGCUCGGGUACUUUCCUUCCAAGAGGACGUGAUAAGACAAUCCGUAAAAUUGAGCAAAAGAUUGCAGAUUUCACCUUUAUACCUGUAGAACAUGGUGAAGGCCUUCAAAUUCUUCACUACGAGGUGGGCCAGAAGUAUGAACCUCACUAUGACUAUUUUCAAGAUGAUUACAACACAAAGAAUGGGGGUCAAAGAAUUGCGACAAUAUUAAUGUACCUCUCUGAUGUUGAAGAAGGAGGCGAGACUGUUUUCCCAGCAGCCAAAGGAAAUUAUAGUGCUGUGCCUUGGUGGAAUGAACUAUCAGAGUGUGGAAAAGGAGGACUUUCUGUUAAACCAAAAAUGGGAGAUGCACUGCUUUUCUGGAGCAUGAGACCCGAUGCCACUCUCGAUCCAUCAAGUUUGCAUGGCGGCUGCGCAGUUAUUAAAGGAAACAAGUGGUCAUCCACAAAGUGGAUGCGUGUUCAUGAAUACAAAGCUUAAUAAACGGGUAUCAAAGGUCGAUAAAAGGAGGCAUGCUGUCAUAUCCUCCCCAACCCAUAGUGAAUUAUUUUGUUUUUUGUUUGACAGUUGAGAGCCAUAUAAAAUUGCAAAUUAUACUUUUAUUCCCA